ACGAGAGUUUCGUGCCGUCGCUUAUAUACGCGGUGCUGGGCACGGAGCGGUACAUCACGGCACAUCGCGAUCCAGCUGGUUUCUCAUCUGCAUCGUCGAAAUGAGAUGAACGCCACCGGUAACGGUUACGUGCGAUCUUCUAUUCGGCUAUCAGCAAU